CCCGCACCGAAAGCAGCAGCACUCAAAUCAAAAAGAGAAGAAAAAUAAAAGCGAAGAGGUUAGAUAGAGACGCCUGUCUCGGCAUGUCCCCCACCGCCGCCACCAUGGCUCACGGCAGGGGACUCGCCGCCUCCGCGGCGGCCUUCCUCCUCGUCCUCCUCCUCGCCAGCGCGGCCUCCGCGGCGCCCGACAUGUCCAUCAUCUCCUACAACGAGGAGCACGGCGCGCGGGGGCUGGAGCGGACGGAGUCCGAGGCGCGCGCGAUGUACGAGCUCUGGCUGGCGGAGCACGGCCGCGCCUACAACGCGCUCGGCGAGUACGACCGCCGGUUCCGGGUGUUCUGGGACAACCUCAGGUUCGUCGACGCGCACAACGCCCGCGCCGGCGAGCACGGCUUCCGCCUCGGCAUGAACAGCUUCGCCGAUCUGACCAACGAGGAGUUCCGCGCGGCGUACCUCGGCGCCAAGCCCGUCCCGAGGAACCGCGCCGCCGGGGUGAGGUACCGCCACAACGGCGUGGAGGAGCUGCCCGAGGCCGUCGACUGGAGGGAGAAGGGGGCCGUUGCUCCCGUCAAGAACCAGGGACAAUGCGGUAGUUGCUGGGCUUUCUCUGCAGUCAGCACAGUAGAAAGCAUUAACCAGCUUGUCACUGGCGAGAUGAUCGAAUUGUCCGAGCAGGAGCUCGUGGAGUGCUCGACCAACGGAGGGAACAGUGGUUGCAAUGGUGGGCUUAUGGAUGCCGCCUUUGACUUCAUCAUAAAGAACGGAGGCGUUGACACUGAAGAUGACUACCCUUACAAAGCCGUGGAUGGCAGAUGCGACAUCAACAGGGAAAAUGCAAAGGUUGUAAGCAUUGAUGGCUUUGAGGACGUUCCUCAAAAUGAUGAGAAAUCAUUGCAGAAGGCGGUUGCUCACCAGCCCAUCAGUGUUGCCAUUGAGGCUGGUGGCCGCGAGUUUCAACUCUACAAAUCGGGUGUCUUCAGUGGAAGGUGCACCACAAACCUUGACCAUGGUGUCGUCGCGGUCGGCUAUGGAACUGAGAACGGCAAGGACUACUGGAUUGUUCGCAACUCAUGGGGUCCGAAGUGGGGUGAGGCUGGGUACGUCCGCAUGGAGCGCAACAUCAACAGCACCACUGGGAAGUGCGGGAUUGCCAUGAUGGCAUCCUACCCCACCAAGAACGGCGCGAACCCUCCCAAGCCAUCUCCAACCCCUCCGACACCGCCUCCCCCCACCACCCCCGACAAUGUCUGUGACGAGAACUUUUCCUGCUCAGCAGGCAGCACCUGCUGCUGUGCGUUUGGCUUCAGGAAUGUCUGCUUGGUCUGGGGUUGCUGCCCGGUAGAAGGCGCCACCUGCUGCAAGGAUCAUGCCAGCUGCUGCCCGCCAGACUACCCUAUCUGCAACACCAGGGCUGGAACUUGCUCAGCGAGCAAAAACAGCCCACUGAGCGUUAAGGCCCUGAAGCGCACCCUCGCUAAGCUGAACUCCGCAUGACGUCAGUAUCGGUCUAGAGAGGCAUGGGACUGCCCGGACCUUUUCUGAUUCCGUGCUUCUAGAUCUUGUUCAAAAUUUGAUCAAGACAUGGCGUAUACGUUCUAGUACUAUUUAUCUCUAAUGAAUCCUCUGUAAAUAACUAGUUAUUAUUUGUACCCCGAUUAUGUUCUCAAGGAUUUUCGUCAUGAAUGGAGUGUUUUAUAAUCCAAGUUCUCUAUUUACUUCA